UUGUGAUAUCGUUUAUACUGUUUCGGCACUUGUUGAAGACAUAUACUAAGUACAUACCGUUUUCAAGGCUAGUCCUAAAUGGAAGCUGUAUUAUGGACGCAAAAAGCAAUGAAGCAGGAGGGAUGACAGAAGAUGGCAGUUCAAGUAUAAAGUCUCAGAAAAGGAGAUACUGUAGUGGUAGCAGUUCAACUAGUUCACAACUCACGGAUGUGAUAAGGGAGCAGAUGUGUCAAGAUGAUCCAGCAAUCAUUGAUUUAACUGUUGAUAAUGUUAACCCAGUAGUCAUUGAUUUAACAGGAACUAGUGAUAACAGAGAGACAAACAAAUCUAUGCCAUUCAGAGAUUUAGAUAGUUCUGCAGUAAAUCAGGUGACAAAUAACCCAAUGGGGUCACUGUUUGCAAGACUAAAGGAUUCUAAACAAUUUGAAAGUGAUUCUCAUUCCAGUUACCCAAGACAGUUUGAAUCAUUUAGUGAGAUUGAAAACAAAGCUAGGCAGUGUUCAUUAAAUCCCCCAUCAAAGAAGCAUAAAACAGAGGAUAAAGAUUUAAGUCAAGAAGACAAAGACCAAGUACCUUAUUACCCUUCUUACAAGUCAAAAAGGACAUGGGAAUGGACUACCACUGGAAGGCAGUGUUUAUCUGGCCGUCUUCAGCAUCAUGGCACAGACUUUACAGUCAUGUCCUAUAAUGUUUUGGCCCAAAACCUGCUGGAGGAUAACAUGUAUUUGUAUUAUAAAUCAGAGGAAAAGUAUCUACAAUGGAAUUAUCGGAAACAUCUUCUCCUUCGAGAGAUUCAAGAACAUUUGCCUGAUAUUCUGUGUCUACAAGAGGUUAACGAGGAACACUACAAAUCAUUCUUCACACCUGAACUGGCAAAAUUAGGUUAUAAGGGAGAGUAUCAGAAGAGGACAGGUGAUGACAAAUUUGAUGGCUGUGCUACAUUUUACAAGACCAGUGAGUUCAAAAUGGUCAAAUGCAGUCAUUUGUGUUAUUACAGACAGUUCAGGAUCCUAGACCGUGACAAUGUGGCCAUGAUAAUGAAGCUACAACCAGUCAAUCAGCAGAAACAUCCAACCGAGGUUUGUGUUGCUAAUACCCAUCUUCUCUUUAAUCCUAGACGAGGAGACGUCAAAUUAGCACAAAUAGUUCUUCUUCUGGCCGAGAUUAACAAAUUGACACACACAGUGACUGCAAGAGGGGAAGAAACUCACAUUCCCACCAUUGUUUGUGGUGACUUUAACUUGGUGCCAAAAAGCAAGUUAUACAAAUUCCUGGCUAGUGGAUAUAUCCAAUUUGAGGGACUCCUAGCAAAGACUAUGUCUGGUCAAACGGAAGGCAGAAGAGGAAUGGAUAUGUAUCUGCCUAGAAAUUUUCUCCCGUUUGAAUUAAAUAUCUCCAACCACUGCACAUAUUACAAAGAAAAUCAGUUUGAUAUGCAACCGUCAAAUCAAAAGUCAUCUUCACAGGAUCACUGUCAGAAUGAACUUCCUUCUAGUUCUUCAGCACAGAAUCCUUGGGAUAUACAAAGAAUCACCUCAGAGAUGGGUCUUGACACUGGAUGUCUGUGGCAUCAUCUUGUGUUAAAGUCCAGCUACAGACACUGGAUAGAGCGACUGGGAAAAUCUGCCAGUGAAGUGACCACACACCAUGGAAAUGACAGUUCGAUUGUGGAUUUCAUCUUUUACAAUCGCAACAAUGGUGAUGCCAAAGAAGGAUCUUUAACAUUAUUGGGAUGCUGGGGACUCAUGUCAGAGAAAGAGCUCAACCAGAUAGGAACUUUUCCUUGUAAAAACCACCCCUCUGACCAUCUUCCUCUCCUCAGCAGAUUUUUACUUGAAUGAUUCCAACUAAGCAGCAUUUGUAAUGUUAUGUAUACAGAAAAAUAUCUGGUUGUUUCAAUGAUUAUAAAUAAGAUAGGCUUAAACUGAGGCAGGCUUGAAACAAAAUAUUAGUGAAUUAUUUUCCUAUGCCACAUUCUUAGCUUGCUGUCCUUUACUCCUCUUUUGGUAGCCGAUAGCAACUAAAACCUUUCUUGAAAGCUGAUGCUCACAAAGUAAACAGAAUAAAUAUGCCCGUACCAGUUGACAUAAUGAAAUAAUGUAAAAAUUUUAAACAGACAUGCACAUAGCUGAUAUUUGAUUGUGUCAGAAUAGAUUGAUAUAGUGAAAGAGAGAGGACCAGUGCUGAAAAUAAGAAUAUGAAAUCCAUAUGAAAAUGCAAUGGCAUAAAGAAGUUUGAACUGUUAACCAGCUGUUUAUUUUCUUCACAUUGACAAAGAAUAUACAUUUUAGUCUUAUUUUAUUCAAGUUAUAAAAUAGUUCUGUUUUGUUGAAAUUAUUUAAUGUAUGAUUGUUUGUUGCAAUAACAAAAAACAUAAAGUUGA